AUGACUAGUCUUGGUUUAAAAAGAAAGCUACCUUCCCCUGAAAAACCUAAAGAUCCUGAGCUGACUGUAGAAGAGGCAUUACAGCAAGAGAUUCAAAAAUUGGAAGCCACCAUAGCUAAUAUGAAAGUUGAAAUAACAAAAAAAGAAAACUCAUUAUUAGCAGAGAUAAAUUCUUUACAAACAGAAGUUGAUGAAAAUAAAUUUACAGUGGACAGAUUUAAAUACAACACUGCACAUUUUAAAUUUUACACUGGUUUUGAAAGCUACGAAAUGUUUAAACUUGUACUUGAAUAUUUACAACCAGCUGCUGACUCUCUAAUAUACUGGGGAUCAAAUACUAACAUUGCAAACACAAAAACCUAUAAUGGUAAACGUGGGCGAUCCAGAGCUACAACAGCUGAAACAGAAUUUUUUAUGAUUCUUAUUAGACUUCGCUGUGGAUUUCCUAUUGAAGACAUGGCAAUACGAUUUAACAUGUCGACUAGUAAUGUAAGUCGAAUAUUCAUUACUUGGAUAGACUUUUUGCACACUCAACUGAGAGUACUUCCUAUAUGGGCUUCAAAAAAAACAGUAGCAGAGACAAUGCCAAAAUGUUUUAAAGAUUUAUAUCCCACAACACAUGUUAUAAUAGACUGUACAGAAAUAUUUACAGAGAUGCCUUCUUCAUACCGCAGCCAAUCAGCUACUUUUUCCAGCUAUAAACAUCACAACACUGCUAAAGGAUUGGUAGGGAUUGCACCAAGUGGAGCAGUUACAUUCGUAUCUGAUUUAUAUGCUGGAAGAAGUAGUGACCAAAAAAUUACUCGACACAGUGGAAUUUUAAAUUUAUUAGAACAUGGUGACUCGUUAAUGGCUGAUCGAGGAUUCGAUAUUGAAGAGGAUUUACCUGAUGGAGUUACUCUUAAUAUACCUGCGUUUCUAAAAGGUAAAACACAACUACAUUUGGGAGAAGAACUUGAAACUAGAAGAAUUGCUUCUGUAAGAGUUCAUGUGGAGAGAGCAAUUAAUCGAGUUAAAAACUUUAGAAUUUUACAGUCAAUAUUUCCAUUGUCAAUGGCACCUGAUUUAAAUAAAGUCUGGGUAAUUUGCUGUUAUUUAGUCAAUUUUCUUCCACCACUUAUAGCACAGAAUGAGGAAUAA